CCGAGAACGGAAGUUGCCAUAUUUAAGUGAAACGUCAGCCAGAGUAGGUCAGUUGGGAAUCGUAACAGGUUUGAGCACAUAGUUCCUGCAGUGUUUUGACUCCACAAGAUGGGGAAGGACUUUUACAAAAUUUUGGGUGUAUCCAAAGGAGCAUCUGACGAUGAAAUUAAAAAGGGAUAUAGGAAAAUGGCGCUGAAAUAUCACCCCGACAAAAACAAAUCACCUGGGGCUGAGGAAAAAUUCAAGGAGAUUGCCGAGGCAUAUGAUGUACUUAGCGACAAGAAGAAAAAGGAGAUAUACGAUAAGUUUGGUGAGGAAGGUCUGAGGAAUGGUGGUCCCUCAGGGGGCGGUGGCCACAGUGGCCCGGGAACAUAUAGCUACUCUUUCCAGGGAAACCCUCACGAAACCUUCCGGAUGUUUUUUGGAACUGACAAUCCAUUUGAUAAUUUUUUCCAUCCUGGGUUUAGUUCGGGUAUGGGCGGGUCCCGCCAGUACCAGUUUGGACAUCCAGGCCAGGAGGAUAUGGACAUUGAUGAGGAUCCUUUUGGUUUUGGUGGUCAAGGGAUGCACGGACAUCAUAUGGGUCCGAACGUUCGGGGAAGGAAACGUCAGGAUCCACCAGUUGUCAAGGAUCUUCAUGUGUCCCUGGAAGAUAUCCAUAGAGGAACCACUAAAAAACUAAAAAUUACAAGGAGAGUUUUAAAUCCGGACGGUAAAACAACAAGAAUAGAGGACAAAAUAUUAACAAUCGAUGUAAAACCAGGUUGGAAGGCGGGUACUAAGAUCACUUUCCCAAAGGAAGGUGACCAGUCCCCAAAUAGUGUGCCAGCAGAUGUUGUUUUUGUGAUAAAAGACAAACCACACUCGCAGUUUUCAAGGGAUGGAAGUGAUAUUUCAUACAAAGCAAAGAUACCACUACGAGAUUCUCUAUGUGGCACAACAGUUCAAGUACCUACAAUUGAUGGAAGGAAAAUACCUCUUAGAUUAACGGAUGUAGUAAAACCGAACAGUGUAAAGCGUAUACAGGGUGAAGGGCUACCUCUGCCAAAACAGCCCAACAAGCGUGGGGACCUGAUAGUACAAUUUGAUGUGACAUUUCCCAACCACAUAUCUUCUACAGCCAAGGAAAUUCUAUCAGACUGUCUGCCCAGGUGAUAUGUAGGGCAGUAUGACAGUUGUGUGUAACUCUAUAGCAUUUGUGUGAUUACUUGGUACACCUGUAGACAAGGCCCAAGUUUAUGUUUGUACUUUCGGUGUGUAUGACUUCAUCAAAGUGCAAAAUUUUUUGUUGUGGCAUUAAAUGUUUACUAAAAUAUACGUUAAUUUUUCUAUGAAGCAAUGCUAACAUGUCUGAUUUAGCUUCUGACACAACCACAUGCACACCUGUAACUCCAGAAUAACCAGACAGUAUGUUAUAGUACUGUUUGUAUGUACGUAGCUGUGUACUGUCAAAGCCAGUAAUGCGUGAAUUGCAAUUGGAGCGGAACAUGAGUACCUCCUAUUAUGCGACUGUUAUUAUGAGUCUACAAAGGAGUGAUUAAAAUAACAAGCUUUAUCAUUGUAAAUGAUCAUCAUAUUUGAGGUAAGCUUUGGAGUAUUAUAGUAGUUAUGUGUAUUUAUAAAGGCUUUGAUUGUGAAUUCCAGAGCUUGAGAGGCGAGUCACAGUCAUGCAAAUACUGUGGAAGUUUAAAACUUGAAUUUCAACUUGACCUUUAUUGUGAUAGAGGAAAGUGGAUAUAAAGGUGUGUCACUUGACAAAAUUGUCAGUAAUCCGUCACCCACUAAGUAUGUUUGUGUGUGAAUUGACACACCCUGUAUUUACGUGUACAUGUUAAAAAAAGUUAAAGAAUUUGUUUAUAUUAAGUUAUUAAAUCUUAUAUCUAGUCUUAUUUAAUAUUUUGUAUUUUCUUAAUGUGAAAUGAAAAUGCACUUUAGAGAAUGAUUAUUUUAUAGUUGCCGUUAUUUAGUUCAAAUUUAAGUUGUGUAAAUUUGAAAAUAUUGAUAUUAUUAAUAUCAAGUUAUCUAAUGUAGACCUAGACACAUUUUGAAAUGAUUACAAAUGCUUAUAUUGUCAAUUUGGUGUAAAUUGUUGAAUAUCUGAUACUGAAAAUAAAAGGAAAGCAAAACAUUUUUAGAUGAUAUACAGAAUAAUUUGGUUCGUGCAUAUAUGACAAAGUAACAUUUUCAUGAUCAUUCUUUGAUAGCAAGACAAAAUAUAAAUACUGCUGAAUGUGAUAUAAUCUUAUAAACAAAAGUAAAAUUUUACUGGUCAUGAUGUUUAUUUUAUGAAAUAAUCUGGUUUCAUGGCAGCAAUUUAUAAACAUACAUAUAUAAACAUUUGUUCUAUCGUUUAGACAGUAGAAAUCUGAAUGUUAAGUUCUGGAUAUUGAUAAAGCAAUUUUCAUUGUUUUCUAAAAUUAUGAGAUUUUGCAUAUUUUUAUUCAUAAUGUCUCAUGAUCAGUAUAGUCGGAGAUAGAAAAUCUUUUUUAGUGUUAUAGCUGGGGAUUUCUUUGCUGUCUUACACACAUAUUCAUAUAUGUGUGUGUCUAUUACUGAAACAGUAAAACUUACUAGUUGAGCUCAAAGGAACAUUAUUACAAGUUACUUUGUUACAGGUUUACCACCUACACGACUAGGAUUAAACCUAGCUCCAUAACUCCUACCUAAAUCUACAAGUUAUGAAGCUAGGUUUAUGUAGGACUACCGGUGGUAAUUAUCAGCUGAUCCGUGAGAUAGGACUCUAUAAAUACAGUAGCUGAAGGCCUCACUAGACAAAUGUGUAACUGCCAGAACUAUUUUUCACUCAUUCUGUGUGAUAUGUCCGUAUCUCACUGGAUAGCUGUGAUGUGCCUGGGGUACUGGAGCAGGGCCAGUGUGUGUCUUACAUUCGGAACACUUCAUUUGUUGAGGUGCUCCCAGUGUGUGCCUGGAAGGAGGUUUCAUAAUCUGCUGGCAUCCUUUAAAACAUGGCAUAGUCCCCCAAGGAGGCUAUAUUGAUACCACCUAUCAUAUGUACAACUUGUAAAUGUUUGACAUUUGAUAUUAUAUAUUUGUCUGAUCCAAGUUUGUACCCAAUUAUAAUUAUAUACAUGUAGAUAAAACAAUAAGACUUGGACAGAUGAGGAAUUUGAGGCAAUAUUUUGGAUGACCAGGCCAUGUGUUAGAGGUUGCUGUCUGAUUCACCAUCACUCUAUCUGUAGAAUGUACGACUAGGCAGACUAGCAGCCAAUCCUAGUCAUAUUAUAUUUUGCUGAUUUUUUUCUGUCUACUCCUUUAUGUAUAUAAGAUAUGAAAGAAGUUGUUGAUGCUGUAAUUUGCGAGUGAUCUAGAGUGAAAGUUUGGUGAAAGAUAGAGUGAUUGGAUAAAGAGAGUUGAUAUAAAUGUGUAUGGCAACAAUUCCUUUCGUUAAAUAAAGAGGCUUGUUAUGUCUUA